AUGAACUUGGAGGAGGACAAUGGCUCAGGAGUGGGCUGUUGCAACGGCAAACUGAGGCAGUGGUUGAUUGAUCAGAUUAACAGUGAGAAAUACCCUGGCCUUGUUUGGGAAAACCACGAGAAAACCAUCUUCAGGAUUCCAUGGAAGCACGCUGGCAAGCAGGACUACAACAAAGAAGAAGAUGCUGCGCUCUUCAAGGCAUGGGCUACGUUCAAGGGGAAAUAUAAAGAAGGUGUGGACAAGCCAGAUCACACCACGUGGAAAACCAGACUUCGCUGUGCCCUUAACAAAAGCAAUGACUUUGAUGAGCUGACACAUAGGACGCAGCUGGACAUCUCAGAGCCUUACAAAGUCUAUAGGAUCAUUCCAGAAGCAGCCAAGAAAGGUACUGUAAGAGGAACAAAGAUGAGUUUUAGUAUAGAGGAUGCAUCACAUUCCUUUGGUUUGAUUGCGCCACACUCAACACUGCACAGCCAGGUAAGCACAUCCAAUCUCGAACAGGAGAGUAAAGACUGGAGGGACUACAAACCUCCAGAACAACAUUCUUUUUCUCCGGCGUAUCACUGUGGAUCUAAGGGAGACUUGCCGUAUGCUCAAUGUCACUUUCCUUCACCAUUCAACCUCGCUUGGCCAGAGUCACUGUCAGAAAACAGCUUUCAGUUCUCCUUCUUGCCCUACUUGUCAGAGGCCCAACAGCCUUUCUAUACAAGUAUGGUUGACUACAGCAAUAACACAACAGAUUUCAGUCUACAUGUGUCCCUAUUCUAUAGAGAGUCUUUGGUGAAGGAGGUUACCACCAGCAGCCCAGAAGGUUGUCGCAUCAGCCCACCUUCUUCCUCCUUCUCGCCAUUGUCCUCCACCCCAUCUCCCUCGGAGUUUCACAACAGUGCAGAUGUUGUUCUAUUUCCAUUACCGUUACCUGGAUCUCAAUGGCUGGGUGCCGAGAGGCUUCUUCAGAUCCUGGAGCGGGGAGUGCUCCUGUGGAUGAUGCCGGACGGCCUGUAUGCCCGGCGUCUUUGCCAAGGACGAGUCUUCUGGCAUGGGCCCCUCGCUCCAAAUGCGGAAAAACCCAAUAAGCUGGAGAAAGAGGUGCCGUACAAACUGUUUGACACCCAGAAAUUUUUGAUUGAGCUUCAAGAUUUUGCCAACAAUGGACUGCGUGUACCCAAACACCAGGUGGUUCUCUGUUUUGGGGACGAGUAUUCCAACCAACAGCGUUCAAGAAAGGUUAUCACAGCUCAGGUGGAGCCAGUUUUUGCCAGAAAAUUGGUCAACUUUUACCAGAAGAGCAAUGACCACUACUUGCAGACAUACCAACACGUCUAG